GUACCUCCUUUUGGUUAACCAACAGAGACUUGCUGACACAGCUUCCACUCAUCCAUGUCACCACCCGUAUCCCAUUGUGGAAAAAAAUGAAUAGAUGACUCACGCAUUGAGAUUCCUUAAUCAAAGGCAGCUUCUUUAAUUUUUGAAGUGUGAUUAUCCCCUUUAAUCUACCUAUAGUUGCUAUGGACGGGAAAGCAUGAAGCAUACGAUGAACAAAAAUGUAAAGGAAAUGAAAGGAAAAGAGACUGCUGAUGAGUAAGGUUUCUUUUUGCAAUAAUCUAAUGGAUUAUGAACUUGACAUGAUCCAUGUCUAAUGUCUUGACUCGUCAACAAUGAGAUUGGUAUAUAAGGUCCGCACUUCAUCCAUAAGAACCAACUGAAAACGUUGAUUUGUUGGUAUAUCAAUUGUAUGGUAAGAGUUAGAUAACCGUAAGAAUGGCGAACUUGCAAAUUGUGCCAGCUUACAGGAAUGAUGUGGAGGUACAGUACGUUGACAUGAUGGUUCCUCUCUAUUCUUAUGGAUGCGAGAAGAAAGUAAAGAAGGCCUUAUCCGGUCUCAAAGGUAUAUACUCGGUAAACGUGGAUUACAGUCAACAGAAGGUGACUGUAUGGGGGAUUUGCAACAAAUAUGAUGUGCUAGCAACUGUGAGAAGCAAGAGAAGAGAAGCUCGUUUUUGGAACCCAGAAGACAAUGCCGUGUCAGAGGUCUCACUGUCACCAUCAUCCUCUCCACCUCCACCACCAACACUUCCUCACAGGGACUUCAGGUCAUCUUUAGCUUUAAAUAAAGUUAGGUCUCUGAGUUUGAAAGCCUGGAAGAAGGUCUUCACUAGAUCAUAUUCUUUCUAGAGAAAAAAAUGUUCAAUGGGAGCGAAGGAUCAGUUCCUUGUGUUAGAAUGAGUGUAAAUCUGGGAAUAAGUGUGUUCCUUCUUCCCCUUGUAUAUAAUUGAUGUUUAAGCAUUUGAGCUAGCUUGUCCUGGCUUUUUCCCCUUAUAAUUUACUGCAACUUUGGUGGUUC